CAGACCCUGGGCACAGAGACGUACCGGCCCAGCUCGGCGUCGCAGUGCGUGGCCGGCAUCGCCUGCGCCGAGAUCCCCAUGAACCAAUGGCCCGAGCUGAUCCCGCAGCUGGUGGCCAACGUCACCAACCAGCACAGCACCGAGCACAUGAAGGAGUCCACGCUGGAGGCCAUCGGCUACAUCUGCCAGGACAUUGUGGCUCUGCAGGGCAUCGAGUUCUGGUCCAACGUGUGCGACGAGGAGAUGGACCUGGCCAUCGAGGCCUCCGAGGCAGCAGAACAGGGACGGCCCCCMGAGCACACCAGCAAGUUCUACGCCAAGGGGGCUCUGCAAUAUUUGGUCCCAAUCCUAACCCAGACCUUAACAAAACAGGACGAGAACGACGACGAUGACGACUGGAACCCGUGCAAGGCAGCGGGGGUGUGCCUGAUGCUGCUGGCCACGUGCUGCGAGGACGACAUCGUCCCCCACGUGCUGCCCUUCAUCAAGGAGCACAUCAAAAACCCCGACUGGAGGUACCGCGACGCCGCCGUCAUGGCCUUCGGCUGCAUCCUGGAGGGGCCCGAGCCCAACCAGCUCAAACCGCUCGUCAUCCAGGCCAUGCCCACGCUGAUCGAGCUGAUGAAGGAUCCCAGCGUGGUGGUGAGGGACACCACAGCCUGGACUGUGGGCAGGAUCUGUGAGAUGCUGCCCGAGGCUGCCAUCAACGACAUCUACCUGGCACCCCUGCUGCAGUGCCUGAUGGAGGGGCUGAGCGCCGAGCCCCGCGUGGCCACCAACGUCUGCUGGAGUUUUACGUGGCUCCUGCAGGCUGCAGUGCUCAGACGGAGCUGUUGCUGAAAAAAAAAUUAAUUUUUCUUUUGUUUCAUUAAAAUUUAAAAACUAAAAUUAAUAAAAAAUCCUCUUUUUUUUCCAACUUUCUAUCGCAGGCCCGACGGGCACCAGAACAACCUGAGGAGCUCGGCCUACGAAUCGCUGAUGGAAAUAGUGAAAAACAGUGCCAAGGACUGUUACCCUGCUGUCCAAAAAACCACCCUGGUGAUCAUGGAGAGGCUCCAGCAAGUGCUGCAGAUGGAGUCUCACAUCCAGAGCACCUCAGACAGAAUUCAGUUCAACGAUCUCCAGUCCCUGCUCUGCGCCACUCUCCAGAACGUGCUGCGGAAGGUGCAGCACCAGGACGCGCUGCAGAUCUCGGACGUGGUGAUGGCGUCGCUGCUCAGAAUGUUCCAGAGCACGGCCGGCUCCGGGGGYGUGCAGGAGGAUGCUCUGAUGGCCGUCAGCACCCUGGUGGAAGUGCUUGGUGGAGAAUUCCUGAAGUACAUGGAUGCCUUCAAACCUUUCCUGGGCAUUGGGCUGAAAAACUACGCCGAGUACCAGGUCUGCCUGUCYGCAGUGGGGCUGGUGGGGGAUCUGUGCCGGGCCCUGCAGUCCAACAUCCUCCCCUUCUGUGACGAGGUGAUGCAGCUGCUCCUGGAGAACCUGGGGAACGAGAACGUUCACCGCUCGGUGAAGCCGCAGAUCCUGUCGGUGUUUGGGGACAUCGCUCUGGCCAUCGGUGGCGAGUUCAAGAAGUACCUGGACGUGGUGCUCAACACGCUGCAGCAGGCRUCCCAGGCACAGGUGGACAAG